CACGCAAGGGGGACGCUGGAGCAGGUGGAGCGGGCAGGCUGCGCACUCCAAGCACCCCCAGCAGGGGGGAAGGAAGAGGGUCAGGCACGCGGAGGAUUUUAGGACAGCAGGAGGCUGCGUUCUCCUGCAGUCGCAGGCAGCCCGCAGGGAUCUGCCCGUGGGCUCUCCCUUUAUUCAAACGAGCUUUCGCAGGGCUCCUCUGUGAGCAUCAGCCUGCAGAGACAGGCAGCUUCCUUACGGGAGGGAAGCACAGGCACGUCCAGGGCCGACAGCACAGGUGUCAAGGAGAUGGAUCCCAGCCCCGGCGGGCGCAUCCCCAGCUGCACUCCAGCAGGUCUCCAGGGCUGCAGUGCCGGCAGUUGCCGGCAGCCUCAGCACGGCGGUGAGCUCACAAGGGAGCGCUGAUGUCACAGCAGCGGCUCUGAUGUCACAAGCACCCAGGUGCCCCGCAGGCUGUGAAAAGCAAGCGCACUGCCCCUGCUGCUCACUGCGCACAGCGGCGGCAGCGGCGGCAGCGAGGACCACAGACGUGGCACGCGGCGGCAGCAAGCAGCGGCAGCAGUUUGGGGGUGGUGCGAGAGCAGGAGCCAUGGCCCUGAGCCACCACCUCCUCCUCCUCCUCCUCCUCUUCGUGGCCCUCCAAGCCAGGCCUCUCCACGCUGCUCCACUGCGAGCGUGGGGAGCAGAUGGGGGUCACGCAUUGAGGCGUCCUCCAGCUGCUCGGCUGGACGCUGGUGUGGAGCCCUUGGGGCAGCCUGCAGAUGGGAACCUCAAGAGCACUUCUGCAGCUCUUCCCCAGCCUCCUGCUCCACAGCCACGUGGGCAUCGCAGGGGGCCUCCAACGGGCAAAUACUCAGGUGAAGGAGCAAAGACAUCCUCUGAAGCCUUGAAAACCCUACAGAGAAUGCUGGAGCAACUGGAAAGAGGCCAGGGUGUGGCCAAGGUGCGAAGUGGAAGUGCUGACAGUCCUGUGAGUGCUGCUUCCUCAACUGCUCAGUCAGUCCCUGUCCCCCUGCCUGGGAAGAACCCCACAGGCCUGCCUGUAGGCCAAAGCAACUCAGCUUCCCUGCCGGCUUCCAGCACUCACGCUCCAACACAUGGCACAGUUGUGCCCCUACAAAGGACCUCCUCAGCUCCACUGCAGCCUGGCUGGCAUCAUGGAGGUGAGUCUCUGCGGACCUGA